AUGGCUACACAUUCCAUUACCAAAUUCAGCCUAACUAAAUCAAUAAAUAAAGAAUAACUCAAAUUAUUAAAAUAAUAAUUACAUGAUUCAAAACAUCAUGAUUCUCAAACCAACAAUUCACAAUAAAAUGAAAACAAUCUUACUCAGCAAUUAUAAAAUCUCAAUUCUCAAACUCUAAGUUUUAAUUCUAUUUUCAAUGAAAUUUAAUAACAAUAACCAUUUUCAUAUACUCAAAAUUGCACUUACCUAACACAAAAUUUUGAUUUAUCAUUAAAUAUAAUCCUUAGAAAAUUAUCUAUUCAAAAUCAAUAUGAAAUAAAAAAAAGAAUAAAAAGUUAGAGAAAACAUACUUAACCAAUACAAAAUACUAAUGAAGGAACUAUAAAAGUGGAUUAUUAAUUUUGA